AUGGCGAACGGUAUGGAUAAAGGGACCGUGGUAGGGGUGUCGGUUGACCAACCUCACGAAGUUACUCCGAACAUCUCCAAUAGGGAUGCUCUUCAUCAAGUUCCCUCCCCGACUAAGGAUUCCGAGCGAGCAUCCGACCCCGGGAGCCUGCAGGCUGGUGUUCAACGAGCAGAUAUAUUGCGCAACACCUGGAGCAAGCAAGGUUUGAUCACAGCUUUUGUGGGGUACGAAUCCGGCUCACGAAACAGAAGACCAAGUAUACUGAUCACGCACUUGACUUUACACAGACUCUUCCUAGCAACCCUUGCCAUCAACUUUGGUGACUACGCCACCCAGGUCUACGUUCCCUAUACCACCAGUGCCUUCAAACAGCACUCAGCCAUGAGUGCUGCUCGUGUGGUUAUGAACAUCACGCGAAUCUCGGCCUACCCUAUUAUUGCCAAGCUUGGUGACGUAUGA